AUGAAAGACUCCGUUCGCAUCGUAGUGGUUGGUGAUGAAAAGGUGGGCAAGACAUCAAUUAUCGAGGUACUGAUCACCGAGACGUUUGAAGAAGAUGUCCUUCCGGUCCUACCUGUCCUUGUCGUUCCAAAGGAAGUCACCCCAGAGAGCGUGCAUGUUUCUAUAGUUGACACUCCGGGUGCUCCGAGCCAGAGCAGCAAAGUUGAGGAGGAGCUCGGACAGGCUGAUGUUGUAGUCCUGGUAUACACUGUCGAUAGUGAAGAAUCAACCGAGCGCAUUCCGUCGCAUUGGCUUCCCAAGUUCAGAUCUAUGAAUCUUAAAGUCCCAGUCAUUCUCGUCGGAAACAAGAUCGACAAACGAGGAGGCAUAUCUGAUCCCAACGCUGCCGCAAAGAUGGAAGCAUUCAUCAAACCGAUCAUGGACGACUUCCGCGAAGUUGAUGUUUGCAUUGAAUGCUCCGCAAAAACUGUCUCCAACAUCUCCGAGGUGUUCUACUUCGCACAAAAAGCAGUUUUGUAUCCUACUGGCCCCGUUUACGAUGUGGAAACACAAUCGCUGAAGCCUCCAGCGUCAGCUGCUCUGCGACGAAUUUUCAAAAUCUGCGACAAAGAUGGCGAUGGCGGACUGAAUGACAAGGAACUUAACGACUUUCAAUUCACUUGUUUCAACGUCCAUCUAAAGCCUGCAGAACUGGAUGGAGUGAAAAAAGUCGUCAAGGAGAGCCGACCAAGGAAUGGCCUGAACGCAGAUGGAUCACUUUCGGCAGAAGGUUUCAUUUUCCUGCAUACCCUCUUCGUUCAGAAAGGACGCCUUGAAACCACAUGGAUCGUUCUUCGGAAGUUUGGUUACAACGAUGAAAUGCGCCUAAGCCUAGGACCCUCGGAUGAGCUAGCAGUUGGGACGGACCAGAGCGUGGAAUUGAGUGCGAAAGGAAAAGGUUUCAUUAAGGAUUUGUUUUCGGCGCAUGACAAAGACAAGGACGGAAUGCUGUCACCAUCAGAUUUGAAGAGCUUCUUCGGAGAAUGUCCGGAGGGGGCAUUCGCACACGUAAAUGAGAUUCGCGGCCGAAGGCUGACGGAGUCUUGCGACGAGGAGGGAAAACCGGACCACAUGACCCUGAACGGCUUCAUGGCGAGGUGGGCUAUGUUCGUGAUGGAUUGUCCGCAGGAUGCGAUGCUUACACUACUGUAUCUCGGAUAUCAAGAUCCGUUGCCUAGUGCACUGACCGUAACGAAAUCGAGGAAACGGGACAGGUACGCACGGGUUGUGAGCCGCAAUGUGUUAAACAUAGCUCUACUUGGGAGUGAGGGAGGUUUGAAGACGGAUGUGAUCCGUGGCCUGGUGGACAUGGGAGCUGAAGGAAAGGAUGAACCGUAUGUGGCAUCAGCCGCUGAAGUGGAAUCGGAAUCAGAAAAGAAGACGCUGGUGAUGCAUUAUGUGCCGGAGUCGGACAAUGACGACGGGUCCCUUGUUUUGUCGAACGAGAGGCUUGAGAAAAUCGACGUUGUAUGUUUGGUGUUUGAUGCGGAGUCAGAGGCGUCAUAUGAGAAGUGUCGAGUACUAUAUGAAGCACUACAGAAUCGGAAACCUGAUAUUCGCAUCCCGGUGGUGUUCGUUGCGGGAGUCGGGCCUGGAACGGGAUCGGGGGUGCUAGACGAGGCGGACAGGUUUUGCGAGGAACAGAUGAUUCCUGUGCCCGUUCGCGUAGAUGUGAAGGAAGCCGAAUUUGGGAACCUGUAUGAGGAUCUCCUUGGGGUUGGGCUGUAUCCGCAGGUCGCAUGUCCAGACUACUACGGCAGGGAGGAAGAAGGCUCUGCAAUGUCGACGGCUUUGAAGGUUGCAGCGGGAGCAGUUGCAGUUGGAGUGGUUGCGUACGGUGCAAAGAGACUUUACGACUACUAUUCAUCACCGCGAGCGUCUUCCUAACGCUGAGCGGUGGUAUAAUAGGUAUGAUGGUGUAACAUGGAUGAGGGAUUGGAUUAUAGUUAAAGUUGCUGGCGACCUGGAAGGUUCGUCGUCUUGUUGUCGGGAUCAUCUCUGGGGCACUGGAGAUUAGCGCGUGGGGAAGUGGCAAGUCGUUCAGUUAUUGUGGUACCCGCCUCUGAAAAUGCUUGUCUCGUCCCUGUGGCCAGAACGGCAGGUUGAAUUGAAGAAUCGCAAGGUAGUCAAGAUGAUCGGGUUAGGCAAUGUCAUCGUAACGCAGCGUGUGGUGCGGUUGCCCCACCAGAGCGGAGAUUGCAUUGCUGCCACACCAGCAAUGCCACGGCACUUCUCUAGAGGUCUCAGCAGCUUGUGUGGGGCCGUUGUGCAGAUGAGGCACAUGAUGGCACCGUAGGGCCUUGAAAACAAUAUAAAAAUACAAAUCUGCCACCA